AUGGUUCUAAAACAGCAAAGUAUCUGGCAAAUUCAAGUGAAGGUGAACAACUCAUGGAUGUGGAAACAACUUCUCAAGGUGAGAGAUACUCUCAUAAGUAAAUUUGGGAAUGUUUAUAACUUGCAUAAUGCAAUUAACAAAUGCUGUUCUGGAGGCAAAAUCAUUAUAUCUUCUAUCUACAAAGAAAUAGCACAGCAUUCUCCUAAAGUUCAAUGGUCAGACACUGUCUGGGACAGUUGGAAUUUCCCAAAGCACUCUUUUAUUCUUUGGCUAGUUUUUCAUGCAAAGCUAUUAACUCAAGACAGAUUAUGUCAUUUGGGAAUUCUGGAAACAAAUGUAUGUGUAUUAUGUUCAAAUCAGAGCAAUGAAAACUGUCAGCAUCUCCUAUUUGAAUGCCAAUAUUUUGUUGAGGUGUGGAACAACAUGAUGAACUGGCUGGAUUACAAAUGGAGGUCAUGUAGAUGGGAAAGUAUCACUGACUGGUAUAGCAACAGGCUAAGAGGGAAGGGGUUCAUGAAGAAAUUGAAGAGACUUGCUCUAUCUGCUACAGUGUAUGCAAUUUGGACUGAGAGAAAUUUGCGGAUCUUCCAGCAAAAGUCUAGAGCUCCUGCAGUUCUUUUUCACAAUAUAAAGAUCUCUAUACUUUCAAAAAUCUUGAAUGACAAUAUACCUGGUUAUAUAAAAGAGGAAAUUGUGAAAUUGUAA